AUGGAGAUCGAUUAUCCGCUCCGGGGCCACGUGUCCGAUGCCUUGGCCACCCUGUCGGUGCUUGACAAUGUGCCAGCAUCAUUGACCCUUCAGGAGCAGCUGGAGCAAGUUCAUUCACGCCGCCCUUAUAGGUUUUAUUCCGUGGACAGCUGCGACCUUUAUUCCCUCACCCACGUUGUCCUACUCCCUGUCUCAUACGAGUCACCCCCAGGUUCACCGUCCUCGUCCAUCUACCGCAGCAAGUUCGACGAGGUGUACAGGACGGUGGGCAUCCGCUUUGUCAAGGCCCUCACUAAUGCCCACUUUGAUCUCACCACUUGCUACGACCUUGCAAGCGGCUAUGUCACUCGCUCUGACUUUUUGCGAGUCCGCCUUGAGGACUGCCCAGCGGUGAUUGACAUAUACGAGAAACUAGAACCUCUUGAGAGUUACGAUAUCAGCUGGGUUCAUCCUGGUUCUUGUGAUCCUGGCCCCCUCUUCCCGUCGACUCUCGCUGAGCGCGCUCCAGGAAUAGUGCAAUGGGCCGAUAUGGACCCCUCGGUUGUGCCGGACCUCGAGAGCCAUUUUCUGAGCCUCAAUCAAGAACUCAAGGUCAGACUGGGCCCUUCACUGUGGCUUUCCCCGCAUCCCAUUGCGCGCAAGACCCUCGCUCUUGUCCGAGGACGGCCCAAUUCCACGGUCGGAGAUCCCAUCUACAGCGUAGCUAGUGCUUUGGGUAUCGACAUUGUUGUUGUCGAUGAAGAAGGCCACUGGAUUCAGGAAGAUAGCAGCGAGAACAGGCGGCGGCGCAAGGCGUUCCUUGCCACCGAUAUGACCGAGGACGAGCACACGGCGGACCGCAUCAUCGACUCGCUCAAGAAAUACAAUCAGCCAGUCCACGGCAUCUUCACGUGCUCGGACAACUUCCUCGUCGACGUGGCAAAGGUCGCCGACGCCCUAGAUCUCCCCGGCAACCCAGUCUCCUCGUUCGAGAUCUCGGUCGACAAGUACCGCUCGCGCCUUCUCCAAGACGCCGCCGGCCAGACGGCAUGCGUCAAGGACGUAGCCGAGCUCGAAGCCCUCCUCGCAGCGCCCGGGGACGGCCAGCCCCCCGCCCUCUUGCCAUCAUACCCCAUGAUCGUCAAGCCCAGCAAAGGCUGGUCCUCGGAGUGCGUGUCCAAGGUGAGCAGCCCAGACGACCUCGCGACGGCGGUGCAGAAAGCCACCGAGCUACACGGCAGCCGGGCCGUCAUCGAGCCCUUCUUUGACGGGCCCGAGAUCGACGUCAACUUCAUCCUGCGCGACGGCGACAUCCUGUUCUGCGAGAUCGCCGACGAGCCGCCCUGCGACGCCGACGCCCGCGACGCCACGGUGCACGCCACUUUCUCGCCCGUCGCCCUCAACCUGCCGUCGGCGCUGCCGCAGGACGAGCAAGAGAUCGCCAAGAACACCCUGCGCGACAUCCUCGUCAAGGCGGGCUUCCACACGGGCGUGUUCCACGUCGAGGCGCGCAUGGUCGACUCGCGCUGCGAGUACCGCGACGUCGGCGGCGGCGUCGUCGACCUCGUGCGCAAGCAGUCGCCACCCCAAAAGCCGCCGUCGUGCCGCCUGCUGGAGAUCAACGCGCGCCCCGCCGGCUACCGCGUCUCGGUGCCGGCGCGCCACACGUUCGGCGUCGACUACUUUGCCGCGCACAUGCUGGCCGCUGCCGGCGACUACGACCGCUUGCGCAUGCUGGCGCGCCCGUUCCGCCACACGCUCUCCCCGGAGGGCAGCAGCAUAUCCUGCGGCGCGCAGUACUUUGCGCGGCUGGUGUACGUGCCGGCGCCGGCCGCGGGCACGCUGUGGUGGCACAACCCGGACCUCUCGCCGUGUGCCGAGCUCAUGAGCCGCCGCUCCUUCAAGAACUUCCAGCUGACCGAGUCAGAGAUCGUGCUGGGCGUCGACUACAACAAGCCCGGCGACAGAGUUGAAAUGUACACCAACGGCGUGCGCACGUAUGUUGCGCACCUGCUCGUCGCCAGCCGCAGGAGCCGCUACGACGCCAUCCGCCUCGGCAAUGAGGUCGCGCGCUGCUAUCGGGUGGCUAUCGAGCCGCCGCCGGCGAGGAGGCGCUCUUCGGCGAAGCGCUCUGUGGCUUGA